GAGAAUUGUGACAUUGAGAGUCCUGCAAUGCUGGCAAUGGCGCUUAUUGUUUGAUGAAGGAAAUCUGAGGGAAUUUUCAUUGAGCUUUCUUACCUUUUCUAGGGUAGAGAAGCAACGCAAAGGUGCUAACAAUCUAGCAAUGCUGCACUGUCAUUAUUCUGGUUCAUGUAGUUGACGAGCGGGCGAAGUGCCUGCAUUUUAAGCCCAGAAUAAAGGUUUCUGUGUCUCUUGAGAAUGCAAAGUGUAGGUGCCCCUAUCGGGGCUUCACAACUGCUUCUCCCUGCAGCUUUCGAGAAAAUCUGCAAUAAACAGCAGAUCAGUAAGCCAAGCACGUUGAGGUGUUGCAAUGCAGGAAGAUGGGACGAGCUUGCGCUCGCCGCUAGGUGUAGCAGCCGAAAAAUCCAGCAAAAGUUGUCUCUAGAUGUAGCUAAAACUGGAGCAAGGAAAGGCAGAAGGAGCUUGAGAGCGAGGGCAGAGACUGCAAAAACCAGUGUUGCUAAAACCGGUGCGGCGACAGACACAGCCCCAGUGACCAUCUCCCUGCAAAAGGAAGCAGAAUUCGGGUUCAUGCAUGCUGUCGUUGGAGGCGGGGCAGCGCUUGGGAACUGGAAUCCCGCACAGGCGGCGGUCCUCGAUUGGUCAGAGGGGCACGUCUGGUCCAAAACCCUGGAUCUUCCCGCCAACGCCGCAAUCGAGUACAAGUUCAUCCUGGUCAAUAACAACAUGGAGGUGGUCGAGUGGCAACCGGGCGAGAACCGCAGCCUCACCACAUCAGCAGGCGCCAGUGCCGUUCAAGGGCGUUGGGACGAACCCCUCACCGGCGAGUCUGAAGAUUCCUCAAUGGACGCGCUGAUGUCAGAUGGUGACGUCAGCAACGAAGGGAUGGCAGACGGGGGUGCCGGGGCUGUUCAAGACAAGUCCGACCAGGCUUCGGGGGGGGGUGACGUCAAUGCUGAUGCGAAAGCGGAGCCGUCUGCUGAGGGCUCUCUCGCCGAAGCUGACGUUGCCCCUGCACCCACCCCUGCCAUCGAAGCAGCCGCCAAUGCCGCUGCUGACGUCAGCCCUCCUUCUACUCCCUCCAAAUCGUCUACCCCUCCUCCGGUUCAGGAAACGUCUUCGGGAGGGGGCGGCAACGGUCUGGCUAUAGCGGGGGCUUCCGCGCUCGUGAUUUUGGCCCUUUCGGCAGCGGUCGUAACCACACACGACUCCGCGCCGCUCAUACAGAAGGGUGACAUCAAAGGGGCGGUUAGCGGUGCGGUAAACCGGGUUAAGUCCGGGGGCCUGUCCGAAGUCGCUGACUCCGUUGGGCAACACCUGAGCUCGGUUUCCGAAAAGUCCGGCUGGAAGGGGGCGACGUUGAGCUGGUCGACUCCUCGAUCUUGCGUUGCAGCAAUCGUCAGAGUCGCUUCUGCCUCAAUCCGAACAGGUCUUGUGGAGUCCCUCGUAUUGCUGGAACCUGUUCAUAGAAACAACUGCUCCCCGACAUAA